UGUGUGUACGUGUCUAUAUUCGAACAGCGUGAAUAAGCUAGCGCGAGAGAAAAGAGAGAGAAGAGAGAAGGCGCGUUCUCGCGAGAGAAAGAGACAGAACGAUCGGCGCUUCGCUUUUGGGAGACUUCGCUCGUGGAGCCGCUCCGACUCGAGUUUUAGUUCAAAGCCGAGCGUUAACGUACGCUUGUAACAAAACGAAUUAUAUAUUAAACUCGAUCUCAACGAAAAACGGCGCUCUCAUCGCCGCCACCGCCUCCGCCGCCGCCGCCACCACCACCAGCAACAACAACACCCCCACUUUUUUCCGAGCUCACUGAUUUUUUUUCACUUUCUCUCUCUCUCGCUCUAUCUUUUCGUUCUUUUUUCACCUCCAUUCACCCGCGCAGCCCAAAACUGGGGGACGCAAUUUUCACCGGACGGAAUAGUUUUCAGUUUAUAUAGACAGUUCAACGUCACGGAGCGAUACAACUACACCUACAAAUAAGAAUUUCAAGGAUCGUCACUUUUGUGUCCGAUUGUUCGUUUGUGCAUGUGCUAAGUGUGAACUUGUGCGUCCUCUCGAUAUACAUAUAAUUAUAUAUCGGGUAGUUGUGAGUGUUUUAUGCACAUACUGUUACAACAGAAAAGCAACAGGGAAAAGAGAGCAAGAGAAGAACGAAGAAGAUAGUAGUCUGCUUCAACAAGAUACCAAGCUUCCAGAUUUUUAUUCAAGUAUAAAGCUGUGCGCGCGUGAUUUUUCGCUCUUUUUCUGCCUCUCGAGAAAAAGAGUUGAGUGUGUUUUUAUUUGUGCUAUACGCAUGUUACAGAGAUAUAUUAUUUAUAUAUAGAUAGAUAUAUAUAAGAAUUAUAUACGUAAAUAAUAAUCAAAGAAAAGAGUAGAUUUUGUUGACUGACGCGCUGUAAAGAAGAAAUUAUCAAGCUGCAGAGAUCAAAAUAUAUCCUAGUAUUAUUGCCAUAAUAUACUUAGUUACGUGUGUUCAAAAUUGACUCGAUUUUACAAAGUGAGAGAUAAUAAGAAAAAAGAACGUUUGUUUUUCGUCGAUCUACAAUUUCACGAAUCAACGAUAAAAAAAAUGGAGAAAUACGGAGACGCUAAUCCGCUGCAAAAGGAAAUGGAACGAUUGGAGAUCGAAGAGAAAAAUGGAGAUGGAUUAAGCGGCGGAUCGGGGACAAAGAUACAAGUGGCUAAUCUGCCGGCUCACGUCAGACUCGAGGACGUGGAGCAGCUACUAUCGACUUACGGACAAAUACAAAGCUUCGAGAAGGCGCAGUCGCGUGAUACUAGCACCCAAGCCUUUCUCGUCAGUUAUGAGUCGUCAGAACAGGCCCAGCAGGCGGCGGGUCAGCUGAAUGGCUACGAGUACGAGGGUAGCCCGCUGAAAGUGGAGAUGUCGACGGCGGAAAGUCGGCGUCGCGGUCGCGGUCAGCGCGGAGGCGUGGCGUUCUCGGGCCUGCCGGGCACCGGUCGUCAGACGGACUUCCCGCUGAGGAUCCUCGUACAGUCGGACAUGGUCGGCGCGAUAAUCGGCCGCCAGGGCUCGACCAUACGCCAGAUCACGCAGAUGACGAGAGCCCGCGUCGACGUGCACCGCAAAGACAACGUCGGCUCGCUCGAGAAAGCCAUCACGAUCUACGGCAACCCGGAGAACUGCACGAACGCCUGCCGCAAGAUCCUCGAGGUGAUGCACCACGAGGCCAGCAACACCAAUAAGGGGUCAGUUGACAAUCAGCAGCAGUCGCAGCAGCCGCAAUCGCAGCAAUCCCAACAGCAACAGCAGUCGGUUAACUCGAACAAUGCCGGGGCUGCUGGAGAGCAGCAACAGCAGCAACAGCAAGAGGCCGGCACUGGCGCCAACGUCGAGCAGGCCGACGCUAAUAACGCGACCAACAAUAAGUCGCAAGCCACGUCGGCCGCUGACGUCGCCAGCGAGGCCGACGAGUUAGCCGCUGCUAACAACCAGACUCAAAAAGAUGAUUUCCAAAAUGUCUCUUCUGGCAAUUCCAGCGAGAUCACUCUGAAAAUCCUUGCGCACAACAAUCUGAUUGGCCGCAUUAUCGGCAAGGGCGGCAACACCAUCAAGAGGAUCAUGCAGGAUACCGAUACCAAGAUCACCGUCAGCAGCAUCAACGACAUCAACAGCUUCAACCUCGAGCGCAUCAUCACUGUCAAGGGCAGCAUCGAGAAUAUGAGCCGCGCCGAGUCGCUCAUCUCCAACAAGCUCAGACAGAGCUACGAGAACGAUCUCCAAGCCAUGGCUCCACAAAGCAUGAUGUUUCCCGGCCUUCACCCCAUGGCUAUGAUGUCGACAGCGAGCAUGGGAUACAGCUCGCGCGGACCCAACAUAUACAGCGCCGGUCCGACCCCGUAUCCCUACCAAGGUACCCUGCCGGCCCAGCAAGGAGUUCCGACGAGUGACGCACAGGAGACGACGUAUCUUUACAUACCUAAUAGCAGCGUCGGCGCCAUCAUCGGUACCAAAGGUUCCCACAUUAGGAAUAUCAUUCGAUUUUCUGGUGCCAGCGUUAAAAUCGCUCCUCUGGAAAUCGACAAACCCAAUGAUCAGACUUCCGAUAGGAAAGUCACGAUUGUCGGCUCGCCCGAGUCUCAGUGGAAAGCUCAAUACCUCAUCUUUGAAAAAAUGAGGGAAGAAGGUUUCAUCUCUGGCUCCGAAGAUGUAAGACUAACGGUGGAAAUUUUAGUACCAUCGUCACAAGUUGGCCGAAUCAUUGGCAAAGGUGGUCAGAAUGUUCGUGAACUGCAACGGGUUACCGGCAGCGUCAUCAAGUUGUCGGAACAGCAAUCAACUCCACCGAGCGCAGACGAAGAGACGACGGUCCACAUAAUCGGUCCAUUUUUCUCCGUCCAGUCGGCUCAGCGCAGAAUUCGUCAAAUGGUACUCGCUCCAGGCGGUGCACCCGGCAGCGUGACUGGUAUCCCCGGCUUGGCUGGCACGGGCAUGCCCGGAACUCGUGCUGGUCGUGGCAGCAGUCAAGACGGUGGCGUCCGCUCUCGCAGGGACGACAGUGCGACGUCUCAGCCCGGUGGUUGCGCAACGCCCCAGCAGCAACAGUCGAGCAACUCGUCGACCUCGUCGCAACCUUUAGCUCAGCCGCAAGCUCAACCGAGCCAAUAGAUAUUGCCCUCGUAAAGUGGGAUAAGAAAACUCGUUUAUUAUUAUUAUUAUUAUUAAAACGCGUUGACGCGAAACUUGCGAGAAGAGAGGAGCUAGGAUAUAUGUAUAUGUGUACGCAGUUUGCGAAGAACGGAUAUUCAACGAUGAUGAAUUAGGGACGGCAGUUGAUUGAAUAUAUUAUUAUUAUUAUCUAUAUAUAUAUAAAUAUAUAUUUAUAUAUAUUAUAUAUAUACACAUUAUUGCUACGUUUACGUGUGUGUUAUAUAAAUUAUGUAUGCAAGAUUAGUUAACGAUAUAUCCAACAACGGUAACCUCAGCGGAUGCGCGAAGCUCGUCCGUAUACCUCGGCCUGGGCCCCUUUCGUUCCUUCGGAUAUUCGACAAGACAUUGAGAAACACCCAGCUAAAUCCAACUUUGCAACAACGUGUCAAGUGUUUUCUUUUUUCUUUCUCGCCAGCCUAAAACAACGCGCAGGCUGUGUUAAAACGCAUUCAACGGUGGCCAUCAGCGAUUCACGCUUCGGCCGAGGUUAGAAAAGAAGAAAAAAGAAACAACCUUGGACCUGGAUGAUUUGUUCAUGUUGAUUAUAAGAGAUAUCACACGCUCAGCAUUUAAACAAUUCGAACAAGCAAAUGGUGUAUGAGGUUACAGAUCACUCAAACAUUUUUACCUAAGAUAAACAAAAACAAAACGGUCUCGUCAUACGAGCAAGCAACUGCUACUGUAAACCAUUCUAUUGUUCUGGAACGUUGUUGGAAUUAUUGCUUUGGAUACAUAAGAAAAAAACUGUGAAACUGCGCCAUCAAAAACUUGAAAAAAAAAAUUAUACUAAAUUGAUUAAUUGGACAAAAUCAAAAAAAAUCACAUGUUGAUACUGCCAACCGAUCGCCGCCAUCAAUUAUUGCACAAAGUUUGUACGAAUCCAGGAAAAAGUGAAUAUUCAGCACCACUUCAGCUAGUUUUCAUUGCAACCGUAAGGAAUAUAUCAGAAAAAUGGAAAAAAGAAGAAAAACAACCGCCAUGCCAUUUUCCAGUGAAAGAAAAGAAGAUCAUCGUCGUCAUCAUCAUCAUCCACGAAGCGUAGAAUAUAAGAAUUUUACGAGAAGAAAAUUGAAAAAGAAAAGGGGCGGAAGGACGAGGCUCCGGCGAGAAAGCGAUAAUAGAGCCGAGCCUCGCGCCGUAAUACCAAAGAAGCGGUUUUAAGUUUUUUUUUCGUAUAAGUGAAGUUCCUUGCGAAAACUCGAUUGAGAUCGCAGAAGUGGAAGAGAAUAGAUUUAUAACGUAGCGUUACGUUAGUACCACUUUUGGUACGAAACUGAAAUUUUGCACGCGAUAAAGACAUUUUAUGGAUUCGAUUACUAGAAUAAGCGCGUUGAGUCAUUUACUAAAAAAUCUUUGCGAUUUUUACUUUACCAUGAAUGUAAUUAGUGCGUGAAUGUGAAUAUGUUGAUGAAUAAAAAAUAAUUUAUCGAUUUAGGUUGGCGCGUUCAUGGUUAAUCAUAUUUAUAACAAAUACACUAACGUGUCACAAUAAUUUUGUAGAGUCGAAAGAAAAUUACAUCUUUCAUAAAGAACAAAUAAUUGUUAUAAGAGUUUAAAUAAAAGUUUUCAUAAUAAAAAAAAUAACUCAAGAAGGUGCGCGAUAGGUUUCGUUCAUUAAUUACAAUCUCUCACAAAACUAGAGGUUCAAUGAAUAUGACCGCAAUGCUAAAGCUUGAAACCUUCUAGGUUUUCAACUAAAUACCGUGUCGGUAUCAAAUAAUAAUAAUAAUAAUCAAAUAAUAAAAAAAUUAUUUUGAAGAAAAAAAUAUCGGACUGACUACAAUAAACCGUAAGAUGCUCGUUAACAAAAUAAAAUUUCAUCACUAUCUUUGAUUUGUCUGACAUGGACCGGCCAUAAACAUUAUUUACCCACGUAAACUUGUUUUAACUUGGCCAGAAUGCUACAAACUCAGAACGAUAAGAUGGAAAAUUUUCGCGAGCUUCCACGGCCUGCCGGAUCUUCCACUAAAAUACGGACAUGCACAAAUUUUCUCUUUCCAGGGAAAAUCAAUAACAGGAAUUCCAAUUAACGAGGCCCCUUCCACUUUCCUUGAGUUCGCAAUUACUUUUAACAAAAAAGUUCGCGAUAUUCGGUAUGUAUCGAGUACAGAAAAUUUGUCAAGCGAUUAUGCAGAUUCGCGAAACUAAAUGGGAACAGGGGAGAGAGGAAAUGUCAUAAUAAAAAUAUAUUAGAAACGGAGAGAUGAACGAGCACAAACAAAGGAGAAGUAACGUUAAAUGAAAAUAAUGAACGUCAACUUUUUCAAGUUUUAGUCUCUCUCCACUCUUUCUCGCGAAAUCGCGUGUAUAAUUUAUCUAUGAUGUAUUAUCGCAAGGGAACGCGUGCAGAAUUAGAAAUUUAAAUAAAGAAAUAACAAAGAUACGUGUAUGUAAAAAAAUAAAAUAAACGGGAGUUAUAGGGAAUGCAAGGGGAGCGAAGUGCUAUGAAUAUAAUAAGUUUAUUUUUGAUACAUUGUUGGAAAGAUCUGAAGCUAAUCUUUCUUUUUUCGAUUUUUGUUAGAUGUUUUUAAAGUACUUGAUGAAUUUUAACGAUAUUUAAAAGAAAAAAUAAUGGUCUCGAAUUAGGGCGCGAAUGAGAUAAAUCUAAUUGCUAUUCGUUAAAGAAUGUGCCUGUGUAAAGCAAUUAUGCUAAAUAAAAUUGCGCGAGUGAUGCUCUUUCAUUAAUAAAGAAUAUAUAAAUAGUCUAUAGUUGUGCGUGUGUGAGAGAGCGUCUGAGAUUGUGUGUCGGUACGAUUGUUAAAUGCGAAUGUUUGCCGCUGGAAUCGGCGCUCGGCAAAGCAGCCUUUUGCACUGCUAUGGCCGCAGCGCCGCGGGUACGAAUGGGCAUUUUUCGAAGGCGGAAUAUACAAAUUGUAUAAUAUAUCUAAUUAUAUUUCACAAAAAAAUGGUGAGACGCGAGGCCGCAGACGAGCGUCUCACGUAGAGAAAUAUUUUAUUUAGUUACUAAUCAUAGUGGUGAUUUUUUAACUUUAUUUAUUUUUUUUUUUUUUACUAACUGAAUUAAUUGAGCACACUUAAACGUUCGCGUGCACGUUUUCGUCUCCGGCCUCAUACACUUGCCGUAUAUUUAUCGAGCGUUAAUAUUUAAAAAACUCAGAGAAAAGAAAGAAUAUUGAAAUACUAAAUACGUAAGAAAAAGUUAAAAGUACCAUGAGAAAAUUUUAAAAGUGAAAAUUAAGUUGAUUAACAAAAGUGCCAAGGGAUUAAGGAGAAAUAAAAAUUUAUCUUAGCUGUCGGGCAUGUAAACUCGGCGCGUGAACGCAUAUCUCACAAGUUCCGUAUACAGCAAGUAAAUCAACAAAAAAAUGAAAGAACAUUUCUUACUCUACAUUCAACACUUUAAAAGUAACCGGUACAUAACUGAAAACAAUGGAAAAAAAUCAUUAAGGCUCCUCUAGGAAAAAAAAACAGAUACUGUCUUUCGACGUGGAGGAAGAAAAGAAAGAGCAUUGUAGGUGAAGAGAAGAAAAAUGAGAGCAACUUGUAUCAUUCCCAAAACCCCCUUUACCUUUUUGAUCUGGACCUUUAUAAAUAAAAAGCAGAUCUAUUUUUAUAUACGUGAAAAAAGGAGCUGAGAAGCUAACAUCAUCUCGAACCCAAAAUACAUUUAAAAAAUAUGAAUAAGAAAAAUAAAUGCACAGCGCAUUUUCCGACCAAUUAACGUGCUCGUUCGUUCGUCGCGUUCGACGAUUUCUUUUUCCUCGAAAAGUUUGUAAGUUAUUAAGCAAUUAUAAGACAUAAAACAUAAGAAGCUUUAUUGCUUUUAAAAAUCUCAAAAAAGGACGAAGGUUUAAAUAUUUUUGGAAGUAGAAUAGAAUUUUCAAAAUUUCUUACGCAUGCUAAACAAAGUCGUAGGAUCGACAAAUUAAAAAUAUAAAACAUACAUUUUCGCUAAUUAAAAUCCAAUCAUGCUCGAGAUAAACAACUAAAUUUUUUGUACAAAUAAAAAAAAUAAAAUUUGUGAUUGUAGUGGCGCGUAAAAAAUUUAAAUUUAUGGAAUUAAAAAGAAAAAUUAUUAAUAUAGUAAUUUUAGAAAGAGCGUAUAAUGGAGAGUCUUUAAAGUUGUAGAUGAUUCUAAGAAUUGUAAAGAAAUUUAACUUUAACGCGGUCAAGAAUUUGCCGUGAAAUAACGAAUGUACAAAUUCAGUUAAUUUCUAAAGCAUAAAUGUUAGUCUAUUGAAAGCGAAAUUUUUAACGAAAGGAGAAAAAGUAUUUAAAAAUUCUCGAGACGGCUGCAAUGCCAUCGCGUCUUCUGUUAGGAAAAAGGAUAUCGUUCGUAUAUUUUAGAAACAUUUCCAGAGGGAAAAAUUUUUAUCUUUUGGAGCGGGGUGACUUCGGGUGUAACUUCGUUCCGUCCAGGAUCGAUCGCAGUGCGUACAAUAAAAUUACCAGCUAAUCCAUGAUCAAUUGCAUCAACGGAAUCCCGAAGCCCAAUUUAAAUAAAAAAGAGUAAAAAGUAAAUAAAAUGAAACGAAACCUGCCAAAAUUGUGAGAUCAAACGAGCCUUAAAAAGUCAGUCAGAUCAGAACAGAACGAGCAUCGACGCGUCUAACGCGUAACAGCUACGCGAUUCGCGACCUAAUCAAGCAGCACAAAAAGAAAACUACUAAUUACAAAACAAAUACAGAAAUGAAAGUGAACCGGAAGUUUUUCACUGAGACUUUUAUGCAGAAGCUCGAUGCCGACUACCGGUAUAUUUGCUAAAUCAAAUAAACAUACAAAACAUGCACACAGUCAUCUUACCCAAAACAAAACAAAAAAAGUUCAGCGGUACACCUCGGUACUUUGAAUUGCAAUCUGUGACGAAAACAGUCGAGCAACGUUUUAACGCUAAUAAUCAAAUUGAACGAAAGUUACCUUUAUCGCGAGUCUAAAAGCAGAAUAAGGGAUUUUCCGAGAAAAUAAUCGUGAUAUCGUUCUAUUAUUGAUAGUUUCGAGUCACGCAUUGCCUACGAUUAAUGGUUGCUAAUUUUAAGUGAUUCUAGUGAUAAAAAGUAGCCAAGAGAAUAAAUCAUUAAAUAUUAUUGUAAUCAAACAUUAAAUUUGGGAUUUAGUGUUAGUGAUUGUUUCUUUCUUAUGUAUUCUAAAACUGCUGAGGUGCUUUGAAAGAAUCGCUUUAUUUUAAAAGUAGUCAUUGCUUUGCACAUGCGUGCUUCGGUGCAUACGCAUCAGUAUUUUGUUGAAAUGCAUUUUUUGAAAAAUAAAUAAGGCCUUAUAUACAAAGUACUCAGUGAGGGCAUUUGUUGAUACGUUAGACAGAAUAAAAAUAAUUUCCGGGUGAUAUAUACAAUCGGUACACACAAAAACAUUGAUGAAAUAAAAUAUUAAAUGAAAUAUUAAAUGAAAUAUUAAACGAUUUUACUUUAAAAACUAUCAUUAAUCAUCGAUAAAAUCAGUGUCGCCGAAAAAUGGGCAUUAAAACAAAUCCGCGUGAAUUGGUAAUACAUAAAUAUAUUUACAACAAUCAUCCACUUUUUUGUAAAUAGUCGGUUAUAGAAUUGUACAAACGUGUAUACAUAAUUACAAUAGUUAAACUUUAAUGAUAAAUAUUAAAUAUUUGAAAUAAUAUAAAAAACUCACAUUAAUUGAUGUUAUAAAAGAAUACAAUUUUAUUAAUGCGUAAAAUAAAUAUAUUUAAGCUUGCGAGAAUGAGGUAUGAACAGAUAUAUUUGUACAUUAAAGUACUACUUCAAGUAUCAAUUAAUUGGGCUAUUUCCAAACUGGAAUUUUGACGUGGAAAGCUAGGAGAUCAGUUAAGUACAAAUGAAGACAAAAGAAUUUGUCGACUCAAUCAUUAAUACUAAAGCCCAAAAUUGCACGAUAAUUCUCCCCGGUCUAUCACAAAUUAGCAAACCCAGAUACGAAGGAGGCAAAAAACGCGGAAUUUCCUUUUUUGCUCGACAAGUAUAAAGGAAUUCAAAGUUUAGAUAUUAGCAUAAAAAAGCAAGAUAAAAUCGUCUAUGAAAAAGUGCAUCAAAGUUAUCGAAUAAAAAUACAGUAUGAAUUCAGUCACCGCAUGCCAGAAAAGUCAACACUUGACAGUAAAACUAAUAUGCUAAAAAACUUAUAGAAUAGAGAAGAAAAAACAUAUAUUGUAUAUGUCUUCAACACACUAAAUAAGUAAGGAUAAAAAAAAUUGGCUAAUUAACUAAAAUAGGACAUUGCGCGCAAACCCAGCACAACGCUGCGGACCAUUGCCCGAAUUCACACCGAGCAUAUUUACUCUAAUAUAAAUGGAAAACAAAAAAAAAAUACUUGGAAAAAUGUGUAAUUGGAAUAUACAAUGGUUGCAUGCAUAUUAAAAUAUUAUGAAUGGCUUAACAAAUAAGUAAUAGUCGAUAAUAGCUGGGCCUCGAUACGACGUCGGCCCACAACACUACUUAAUCAUUUAUUGAUACUUUUAAUAAUUGAUGCUUAAGAUUUUUUGUUUAAUACUUUUUUUAUAAUAGUACGCAGGUUAAGCGACAGAGACAACCUCUGAUCGUGGACUGCUCUGCAUUUGCUUAGCACAGCUGCUAUAUGAUUUUUUUUUGUCUUUUUUGAUAUAUUCUUUUUCGCCCGGGGACUCGUCUCGAGAAUUCGUUGAUGGGAUGUUUAUUGAUUGAGAUUACUUACAUUAGAUGUUUCUAGGUAGUUUAAGGGGGAUAAAAAAACUCAACGUGUGUGAGAGAAAAAUUAAUUGCCCGGCGAGUCCCAAAUUUACGAGAUAAUUCUUCACAAUAAUUGUUUUCUCUAUUUUUAGUUAAAACAUAUACUUGAUAAUCAUUACUAUUCUACACGUGAAUUCUCAUACAUAUAUAACCUACCCACUACUAUUAAUGUUUUCUGGUAUAAAAUACCUACUUAUUUACUGCUAGUUCUUGUCCUCGAUAAUGAUUGCCGAUUGAAAAAAUUCGAGAGAUUUCAUUGAUCUUUCCAUUCAUUGACUAGUUUUCGGUUCAGCAAAAAAUUCGUUUUCCGCCCAAAGUGACUCUACGGAGCAACAUUUUUUUUCUCUCGGAAUUCGGAAAUUGAAAUUGUCGAUGGUUUUAGGAACACAGAUUCACCGCGAUAUAAAUUAAGAAAAGUUCAGGCAAGGAAAUCGAAGAGAGAACGUUAAAACAUAAAUUAAAUUUCAUUUUAUAUUGAUUGCGGUGAAAAUAUUUUUCUACUAAAUUCCGUUUUAAAAAAUUGAAAGAAAUAAAUACAGCAAAAGUUUAAAAACUUCUCUUUCCUUUUCCAGAAGCGCGUGAGUUUGACUAUUCUUGGUGGAAUCUUUUUAAAAAAAUAUAUACGGUGUUUCUUUUUUUUAGUGGAUAUAAUAUGUAAUAGCUUUCUACUAAACAUAUUACAUAUACGGAUAAUCAUUAGUACAAGAAGUAAUAAAAAAAUAUCAUAAAAAUAGGCAUUAAGGCACUAAAAAUAGUAGGUGGCUUCCCUCCAGAUGCAAAAUUACACUUUCAAAAAAAGUUUUCGCGUCCGCAAAAAAAAAUUAUAAACUGACUAAUCAAAAAGCCAAAAAAAUUCGGACAAAAAAAACUGAUUUCAAGAAAAUAAAAUAUUUUCAAACUUUGAUAAAACUCAACUUGAAAUCUGCUUAAUUUUUACUAAAUAUAUAUUUCAACAUUUUUGGAUGGAUAUUUGCUACUCUCAAUGUCUUCUGGAAGGACAGCUCCAACUAAAGUUUGGUUUUUAAAAUUUAGUACGCGAAAAAACGUGAGGAAUUGCCCGAUGCUAUUUAAAAAUAGAAGACAUUCUUGUAUCCGAAAAUUUUUCAGCUAAAAGAGAAAAAAGUUUUUACGAGAGAAAACAGCAAAAUGAAAAAGAAAAGCGAGUAAACAGUUCUACGAAAAUAGCGAUUGUUACUAUUAAUUAAAUUGAAUAAUUAAAUUGAAUUUUUCAAUAUAAAUUUUUAUUCAACUAAGUCGAAAAACAUUCGAAUUAAUUCAUUAAGUCGCACUUAUAACGCAUUUUUCCGAUGAAUAUACAUAUAUUAAAAAAUUUAUGCCACUCCACUCAAAUACGAACCAUGAAGAAAACAUACAAAUACUAAUACAAAUUAAAAAGUAUUUUUUUAUAUACAUUACACAUAAACGUCAUAUAUUUUCACACCAAUUAAAUGAUUUAUUAUUAAAUACAAAGUUCAAGUACUACAUAUUCUCUAAUGAAAAUAAAAGUAUGAGUGAAGUAUAACGUAUGAUUGUUGAACAUAUAUGUGAUGAAAGGAGUGAUAAUUAAAAAAUAACAGACGUAAAUAGAAGGCAUUAAAAGUACCUUUGUAAAAACAUUAUAAUUAUUAAGAAAUAUUGACAGUCUUUCUUCUAUUCACAGUUAAUUAUAUUACAGUUACAGCAAAUCAUAAGUGCAAUAGUUGUUACAAUAGACUCGGAUCUUUACAUUAUUGAAAGAAUUACUAUUGAUAAAAACAGUGCUGAAGAAAAAA